GCGCUGUAAAAGACCCACUUAAAUCGAAUCUAAGUGAAUAUAUUUUAUGAACCUCUUGUUCAAAAGGCUGUUCUCUUUCAAGUCGAAGAACUGUACCCAAAUUACACAAUAUUACAAUCAUUCAAUCUAUUUGUGUAACGGUCAAAUGUUUGAGUGAAAUAAAUCAAGAACACUUAAUACAACUGUCAUGUGCAUAAAACAAAGAUUGGUAGAUACAUGCUGAUAACGCAUUUUUAACAUAUGUUCGAUUUGACUCAGUGUUUGUAUUCUGAUAUAUAUUAAGAAGUGUUCCUUUGAAGGAAUCCCAAAAUUCUUUUCAAAUCAUAAUACAUUUUACAAUAUGUUUUAACGAGAUUUUAGCAGAACGGAUUUUUCGUGGAGAUUUGGAAAGACUAAAUUUAUAACCGUAUAUUUCUAUUUCAGUUGGGAUUUAAUUUAGUGCUUUGACACAACCACUAAAAUUACAAUAAAUGGUCCCAGACAAAUUAUAAUGUAAUAGGCAGUAGUCAGAUUAGACAUUUAUUUUCUUAAUGCAAAACGCAUUAACAUAGACCAUAUUUGCUAUCUGAAAUGAAUAAUGUUUUGUUAAGAUAAUUUGUUUUUCUUAACAUGCAUGUCGAGGAUAUUCGUCUUAUCUACAAGUUUAAAGUUAAACUUUAAAAUCAAUAUACAAGGGAUUUACCAAAAUGUGAUAAAUGUCAGUUACUCAUUUUCAGUUGUAUAAGUAUCCGUGGUGUAGAAUUUUAUUUUAUGAAAUUUUAAAUAUAAAUACGCACAUGUCAGUUUUAAUACGAAGCGAAACUAGUCCCUAGUUUUCAUGCAACAUAUUCUUCGUCUGCCUAUGACAAGAAGAUAACACAAACACAGAUUUCUAACCAAAAAUAGUUCGCGACUUGACGGGACGUAGUAGUACAGAAUUAUAUGGUAAAAUUUAGAACGACCCUCGAUAGGUAGAUUGUAACAUAUUUCGGCACAUUAAGAUAAAUGGCGACGUCUGAAGGACAGACUGAGGGAGGGGAAAAAAUAUGUUGUUCUGUUUGUUUGGAUAUUUAUCAAAGACCAAGACGUUUACCUUGUUCACAUUCAUUUUGUCAUGAAUGUUUAGUUAAAUGCGCAGAAAAGACUGAUCAAAGACAAAAGUUUUGUUGUCCUCUUUGUCGUGUAGAUACGAAAGCAGACACAAGUAAUAUUUCGCGAGCUGGCAUUUGGGUUACCAGAUUUCCAGUAAAUUAUGAAUUGCUUACUCUGGCACAAAAGGAAAGAACUAUAUGGAUGGAAGAACAACCAGGUAAUUUCGAUACACCUGAUAGAGAGACGGCAUCAACGUUUAAUGAACAAUCCCCAAAAAACAAAUUACGGAUAAAUUCAACUAAUGUGAAUAACAACUCAAGCUUAUGCAAAGGCUGUCUACGGGAUGAAACACAUGUACCAGCAACUGUGUAUUGCCGGGAAUGUAGCGAACUACUAUGUGGAGAUUGCAAGAGACAUCACACGAAAAAUAAGUUUACAUCAGGCCAUAUUGUUAUUGACAUGAAAGGUGAUCUGAGUGAAACGAAAAGCUUUGACUAUGUAAACAAACUUACAAAAUGUCAUUACCACCCAACGGAAGAAGUAAAAUAUCUGUGCAAGGACCAUGAUCAACUGUGUUGCAAUGAAUGUGCCGUAAUUACGCACAGAAGAUGUUCCGAUAUAGUUUCUCUUGCAGAUGAAGUGGCUGCCUCACGCUGUCAUAAACGCAUCGAUACUGAUGUAGAAAAAGUAGAAAGACACGCUUCAGCGCUAGCUCAACACGAAUUAGAAUAUAGUGCAGCAUUAGAUCAAUCGGAAAGAUGCAUUAAAGAUGAACUGAAAUGUAUAAAGUUCCAUUUGGACGAUGCAUAUCGCCUAAUUGAAGAAAGCAUAAUACGCCAAUUUAAUUUUACACAUGCUAAGAGGAAAGAGUUGGUCUCUGUCCAGUUAUACAACAUUGAAACGUUGAAAGCUUCUUUAAACCUGUCAAAAGAAAAAAUAUCAGCAACUGAAAAGUUUGGACAAGAAUUGAAUGUCUAUUUGAUGGAAAGGAAAAUGAGAAAUGAAAUGGAACAGCAUGUGAACAUAUUAAAGCAGUUGCACCAAAGUGCUAACAUUGUGGAAACAUAUUUAGCCGGAAAAGAUCUUGUGGCGGGGAACUUGAUGAAAUCUCUCCUAACGGGGUUAUCGUUGACUGACCACAUGAGUAAUGUAGGUCUUCCAGCUUUUCCCAGUUUUGAGACACAACAGAACACAACAGAAACUGUCUCUCACCAGCGCAGAGGUCAUCAAAGCUUCACAAGGCAUGCUCCAAACGUGGGUUUUCAGAGAUACAUGUAGACAAAUACUGAAAUAUACUAUGUCAAUGUACAUAUAAUGUGUAUAAUUUCAGACUCGUUGUCCUUUGACAUCGACAAAUUGGUAAAGGCUCUUAUGGUAACAAAGUGGUCAAAAAGAACUAAAAACAAACUGGUGAAAAGAAAAUGCUAUGUUUCUGGCCAUUAAGUGAAUAUCUAUGGGGCGGCGUAUGAGAAGAAACCGACAAUCUACCAGUGUUCCAAGCGACGUUAAAUUCUAAUAAGUGGAAGUAAAGGUGAAUGAACAUGGACGGAUGGACAGAAUAAAGUGAUGUUAGUAAAGCCUCGCUUGAUGGAAACAUGAUUUGCCUUUUAAGGCGAUUGUUUUCCAGUUAUCAUAAACGUAAAUAAAAUAGUUUAAGGGUGUGUUCGCUUAAUGCAUUUGCAGAACCAAUGUAAAAUUAAAAGUAUAUGGCGUAAUCUGUAAGGGUGUUGCUUCGUUUGUUUUUGAUUUGAGCGUUUGGGUGCUGAGUGAACGGGAAUUUCACACCACAGAGACUAUUUAUCUCAAUUUACAAAAAAAAUCUGAAAAGCCUCAACGCUUCACUAAACACUUGAACUGUACGUUGUUGCUCGCAUUUGAAACGUCAC